UACAUUGGGACGCGCGCGCAACAGGCGUGAAGCACCAGGCACGCCCACAUUGAAAGAGAAAAAAGUUGUACGAGGACCCAGACGUCACAUUUUUUGAGAACUCCAGGCGCGAUCUGAAGUUGCUCGGUUUAUGGGAUGUCUGAUCUAAGCAACAAAACUGACAAGGAGAUCCAGAAUCUCCUGGAUGAGUAUGGCAUCAAACAUGGACCAAUAGUAGGCUCCACCAGGGGUCUGUAUGAGAAGAAGCUGAGAGAUGCCAUGGCCAAGGGCAGCCCCAAGGCGUCCUCAGACAAGACCUACUACAGAGAGGAAGAGGAAGAAGUCGAGUACAUCGAGUACCACCCACCACCGGUGAGAAAUGAAGGCUUUUCGGAUGUCGUAAGAAGAACAAGAAUUGUUGAAGACGCCCCCGAAGAGGAGGAGGAGGAGGUUCAGUAUGAAGAGCCCAUCAUCAACAGGACGCAGGCCUCGUCCUACCAGAGCAUGUCUUAUUCCAAGCCCCCGCCUCUAAGGACCCCCCAGCCCCAGCUCAGAACUCCCCUGCAAAGAACAACGACCCAGCAGAGACCGGUCCAGGAAGCAGCCCCCUCAGGAGGAGUCCCCGGAUGGCUACGGGUGCUCGUGUUCGUCCUCAUAGCGGUAUUUCUCUAUUACGUUUACUCAACCAUGGAGACGCCAGAAGAAAACCCAUUCAACAGGAUUGAAGCCUAGGUCACCAAGUCCUCGAAUGUUUCAUUACACACAGACGUUACUUCUACGUCUUCACACUUGGUUGGCUCCUGUUUAUUGGACCUCUUUCACGAAUGUAAAUUUUGUUCUUUUGGAUAAUGUGUGUGCCUUUAUGUCAACACGCUUUUUUAGUGAUCUGUAAAAUCAAAUAUGAAGAAGGAAAUAUUUUUUUUAGAAUAUUGUUAUCUGUCAUAAUGUACACACCAGGAUGUACAGUUGGUUGUGUGUUUUUCACCUUGACAAAUAUUUGCAUUCUCAUGACUUUCGCCACAACAUUCCUUAAUGGCAGUGAAUUUGAUCAGGGCUCCUGAAAUGUUGUCUUGGAGUUGAUAGAGAAUCUAUUUUAGUUUAGUUUUUAAAUUUUAAACCCACAAUUUGAUUAAAAUAACGUGGUCUGUAUUUGUCUAUUUUUAUUUUUAAAGCUGAAUGGUUUCACUUCCCUAUUAUGUUAAAAGGACUGUUGUCAGCUGUUUUACCAAAGAUAAUGUUAUGAUGCAUAACUUGCAUUUGUUUUCCUUCUGUUCCACAUUUUUAUGGACCAAUUUUUUAAAACAAACACUUUUCCAGUUUGUUUGGCAGUGUGAUCGUAACUGUCUUGGUGCUUUAAAAAAAUAAAUGACUUCACAAGUA